AUGCGUUGGAAAUUUAGUUCCUCCAUCCACAAGCGCAUGUCAUCUAAGGAGUUGAUGAGUGUCGGCGGAGGACACUGCGGCGAUGGUGACGUCUCUGGUGAGUUUCCUUGGGCCUCGUCCAUAAUAAAUCACUGAAUAUUGCUUCUUUUUUUUCAGAGGAUGGUCCGUGGUCUUCUUGAAAUUUUCUUUCUAUUCUGGUGUUCACUCGCGAAUGAUUGUUCUCCCCUUGAACCUGUUUGGGACGGAGAAAUGGUGCAAUCCAAAUUCACUCCUCGUUGAAUCGGAUGCGGUCUCAAACAAGAACUUUGGUGAUUGAAGAAAAAUACCUCAAAUUCAAUUACAUUACAGGGAAAGUCUUAGAACAGGGGAUAUGAUAGCUAUGAUACAAAAUAUCUCAUAUAAUGGGGAUAGGGAAAGCGGAAACUCAGGGAGGAAAGAUUCGGGAGAACGGAAUUAAUGUCAAUGCACACCUCUGUUGAUUCUCCCAGAGGUCAAGGAAUUUCUCUUUUAUUCAAUGCACCUCUGUUGAUUCAAGGCCUCGACUAUUGACUCCAUUACCACAGGUUCUGGCUUUGAAUAUUUUUCCCGACUGUAAGACUGACGAGCUAAACCCGCAGCCGAAUAAGGCUUGGGCCAUUCUGGCUGGGUUUGGACUUAGACCUCAACAAAAAAUCUUCCUUUCCACGUGUUGAUUCGCUUGGCAACCCUUUUCAUUAAUUUGUGUUAGGAUUUUGCCGAUUCCAUUGAGCGAUUGCUGCACAUGUCUCUUUGUUUUCAAUUUAGAUGAUGUCAAUGUGAUUUCAUGACUCUUUAUAGCCUAAACUCGUGGCCUGGUCGGAUUUUGUAGCUCGUCUUCUAAAUGGCUCGGGGAAAGAAAGUACCACCCCUUCAUGGAGGCUUUCUUUGCCGCAUGUUUGUGUGGCUGUCAUCUCUUCCUUCUUAUUUGGUUACCAUAUUGGGUGAGUCGCUCAUCGCUCCAAUUAAAAACUUUUGCUUCGGGUGCCCAUUUCCUAUUCGCUUCCACCCUUUCUAUUUUAUAUUAAAUGUCAUUGCGUAUCCAGAGUUGUUAAUGAACCACUGGAAAGCAUUUCCUUGGAUCUGGGCUUUGGAGGAGACACUAUGGCAGAAGGUACCAGCUACAUCCCUCCGUUUUUAUUUGUGGAAUAUUAUGUUCAUUUAAUUUGAUUUUGAAUGAUUCAAUGCAGGCCUUGUAGUGAGUACUUGCCUUGGUGGUGCUUUUGUGGGCUGCAUGUUCAGUGGUUGGAUUGCAGAUGGAGUUGGCCGCCGCAGAGCAUUCCAAUUGAGUUCUUUACCCAUGAUCGUUGGAGCCUCUAUGAGGUGAUAUUUUUGUAACUAUAUUUAUUUCCCAUAUAAUCUCCAUUGCAAGAGUACGGCUUUCCGUUCUUUGUUGAGUUCUGUUUAACACUUCAGCGCUGGGCACAUCUGCUGGUUUACCUCACACUGUAUGCUACAAGCUCAUGCUUCGUUCAGGAUACUGCAAUAAUAUUCUUAGCAUUGGAUAUUAUACUUCAUGAGUAAUUCUUCACUCUUUUUUCUUCCGAUUAUUUUCCUUUUCUAGUCGCUGAAUUAUCUUUAAGUCGGGUUGUAAUGUUGGGGUGGUUCAGAACUUUCAGACAUUGAAAAGCAGCCUUUUCAGCUCAUUUCCACUCUGCAAAGUUGAAAAUUUAUGUGUGAACACAAUUCAAGAUCAGGCCUCUGGUUCUGUGAUCCGCAGACAAAAAUGGUGUCUUGAUUCAAAAUUCGGGGACAAGGAAAAUGACUGCUGAAAUAGUAGAUAAAACAGACGGGGAAGGAAAAUAUAAUUUGCUGUUCUAGUCGUUGUAGAAAUGAAGCUAGGUUUGAAAAAAAUGAGGGCGAUCAAAGUUGUGAAUGGAUAAUUUAUUAAACCUUGAUAUUGAUAUGAAAAACAAAGGACGAAAAAGUUAUUCGAGUAAGAAGGACUUUAUCUUAGUGCAAAAGUCUAUUAGAUUCCCUAGAAUGAAUGAAAUCCUAUCUAGAAAUUCUCGAUGGAGAAACUUUUGAUUCUGGAAUUAUGCAUAUGGGUGUUUUGGUGAUAUGCUUUUUAUUCUUAAUAUCAAUUUUACUCUGUUGAUUUUACUUUCAAAGAUGUGGUAAGCGAGGCAUCUUUGAAAUAUGUGGCUGCAAAAGCUAGUUGUUAAAGAGACACAUAAUUCUUGAGAUAUUUGUCAGACCAAACAUUUUCUUGUUCUCUUAAGUUCGGUUCUAAAUAUGACAUUGAAGUGUAAAAGUUUGCCUGACUCAUAAGAAGUCAUAAAUCGUUCUUACCUGGAUCAUAUGUAAUUGGUCAAUUCCAACUUUUCGGAAAAAAAUAUCAUCAUUACUUUCAGAUCAGGGUCACCUGACUAUGAAAAUUAUGCACUAUGAAAGCUUGGGAUAAUGUGAUAACGUGAUACUUCUGCCUGAUUAGACUUUAUUGAAGAUGGUCAAGACGUACAUGGACUUGACUUCAUCAGAAUUUUUAGUUCUUCUACUUAGUAAAAGGGCCUUUUUCCCAACAGCGGCCAUAAUUUGACAUUUCUCCGUCCUUUUAUGCCAUUUCCCUCCCUGAAACAACUUUGAAUAUACAUCACAAUAUUAAAUUUAAUAAAUUAAAUUAAUCCACAGAAAUUCAAACGUCACCUGCGUCGAAUUAUGAUAUGGAACCCUCGUGUUCAUUCUCGGAAGUGUUGACAGAUGCGUCUUUGAAUUAUUAUUUUUUUCACUUUACUCUUUCUGUUAUUACUUUCUGAAAACAUUCAUUUCCAGUGCUUCAACAACAAAUCUACGAGGAAUGCUUCUGGGUAGGUUUUUGGUUGGAACUGGGAUGGGUCUAGGACCACCAACUGCGUCUCUUUACCUCACCGAGGUAAUAAAUAUGGCUCUUUUGACUCCCUCUAUCUUACUUCAAUCUCCCCUCAAUCUCCUUACCACUUUCUAUUUCUUCAUCUUUUUUUUGCGUCUUCAUCUAUUGUUGCUAAUGGAGUUUUUUCGCCUGCUGCAUUAUUUCUGAUAAGCAGGUUUCACCAUCUUAUCUACGUGGCACUUAUGGAAGCUUUAUUCAAAUUGCGACAUGCCUUGGACUCCUUGGAGCCCAUUUCCUUGGAAUUCCAGUAAAGAGAAUUGUGGGUUGGUAGGAACUUUCCCUCAUUGUUGAUUGUGCUUGUGUCUGUGCCCUAUUCUCAGCAACUCUCUGUGUAAUAUAUUUCCUGUUUGUCUAAGUCUUUCUAUCACUUCAUUCUAACAGGUGGAGGUUAUGUUUUUGGGUUUCUGUAAUUCCUGCUGCAUUACUUGUACUAUUCAUGGAAUUUUGUGCUGAGAGUCCCCAUUGGCUUUACAAGGUGAUGUCAGUCUCUACGCCAGUGCCAUUUUAUUCAAAAAAGACAAAUUGAUGAAAAAAUAAUGUCUCUUUAUUUUCGCUUUGAAUUUCGUCCCUUCGGUAUUAUUUUAUUGGAAUGGCGUUCAUUCUAUCAAGUUCUGUUUUAUGAAGGCAUUCGUCAUGAUGCCACUGUUGAAGGUGUAGUUCUGGUCCUAAUGUUGAGCCAUUAUUCCUCCCAGUGACUUGAACAUUGACUCGUUUGGGGUUUACCAACGAGAAGAAUUUGGGCUGGAUGAGAUAACACGUCAACGGAAAUGGGAUCCACUCUGAUGGAGAUUGAGUGGGCCUUUAUUGUUGCACUACAUUCCAUGUUAUAUUUCCUCAUGCAUUCUGAGGGAAGAAGUUUUUGCCUAUGAGCGGCCUGAUUUUUUAAUUGAAAGUCAGUUAUGAUCUGCUCCGAGGUCCAGAAGAGAGUCGGUUCAAACUAAAAUAGUAGUAAUUUUCAAUUCAAACCUAUUUCAUGUUACAGGAUUCAUACAGCUUGUCGAAACAAUAUUAUUUGUCUGAUAAUCAUGCAUGUAGAACUUUUCAAGGUUGACUUUUUUAAAGUAGCAAAUAUUUAAGCUAUUUUGAAUCAUCAUUUUCGUUCGUAACGAGGGCUGCCUCAGCUGCUAGAUGUCUUGAAACAUUAAACCCUUUGUUUCUGUUUUUGAUCCUGAAUAAAAAAAGAAAAAAAGAAUUAACUUUCGUUAGAGGUUCACCAAAAUGAGAAGAAGAAUAAUGUACAUUCUUUUGUUGGUUAACUGACACUGAUCGAAACAAGAAUCUCCAAAGAAAGUUUCUUUAUCUCUGUGGUCACUUUUGGUUGUUUAUGACAGCGUGGACGAGUUACGGAAGCCGAAAUUGAAUUUGAAAGACUUCUGGGGGAAACCCAUGCGUCCGUAGCAAUCGCAGAACUUUCACGUUCUGAUAAAGUAGACGAUGCUGAAGGUGUAAUGCUCUCGGAACUGAUUUAUGGUCGCUACUGCAGGGGUAUUGUCCUCUGUCUGUAAAAAUUGCUCUGAUCAUUUUUACAUUCACAUAUUAAGAAACGUUCUUUGAAUGACUACACUCGAACAGGUUCAAUUAAUCUUAAAAUUUUCUCUGUUUUGUAGUCGUUUUUAUUGGCGCGGCACUGUUUGCUCUACAACAAUUGUCGGGAAUAAAUGCUGUUUUCUUCUUCUCUUCGUCUGUCUUCAAAAAUGCUGGCGUUCCCUCAGCACCUGCAAAUAUAUGCAUAGGCUUUGCAAAUUUGGCAGGUACUGUUCACCUGAUGAAUGCUUACUAAAUGUAUCUUGGGAAACAUCACGAUGGUAAAUCUAUUUGUUCUUAGGAUCCAUUGUUGCUAUGCUAAUGAUGGAUAAACUGGGGAGGAAAGUGCUACUUCUAGGAAGUUUCCUUGGGAUGGUAAACAUUCCUUUUGACAUGUCUACUAUUAACGUUACCGUCAAUUUGAGCAUCAUCUGCCAGGAUAAAAAAGUCUAACAAUCAGUCGAAACUACUGUCUCAGGGUGUGGCAAUGGCUCUUCAAGUUUUCGCUGCAUCAAGUUUUCGUGGUUCCGUCUCUUGGACGCUAUAUUUAUCUGUCUUUGGGAUGUUUAUGUAAGUACUAUGUAGCUUUGACUUGUUGAAAUCCGAGCUUAACCGCACGACAAUGUCCACUUCGCUCGAUUUCCUCUUCGAAAACGUCACGUCCUAGAAAAUAAGUUGGAUUAUUCCACGCAGGAUGUUUAUUGGAAUAGAUAAAUUUUUAGAUUAUAAUUGAGCUAGCCAUGUCCCCGGUACAGUGAAUUUGUUAGGCUGAUUAUCAUCUCCAUGUCCUCAUUUAAUAAUGUUUUCUUGGGAAACUAUGGAUUUGAAAGAAAAUGUUUGCUUUUUGCCCAGGUUUGUGCUGGCAUUUUCUCUGGGAGCUGGUCCUGUCCCUGGUCUUCUGUUGCCUGAGAUUUUCCCAAACAGAAUUCGAGCGAAGGCCAUGGCCAUCUGUAUGUGCGUGCACUGGGUAAUAAUUUCCCGUUACAUCAUUUAUUCUCCACUUCACCUUUAACAUUAUUAGGCAUAGAUGAAUGCAAUUCAUGCUAGGGAUCGCAACUCUCUGGAACUUACCACCAUAAAUCUUGAGCUAUGCUGGGAUUUCAUGAUAAAUAUGACCUAAAGGUUUGGCGCUAAAAAGCCGGGCCAUUUCUAGACUUCUCAUGUGCUCAUUGCGCCAGAAACGGAGGAUCAUACGAGUACGUACGACGCUGGUUGUACUAAACCAGAUGUUCAUAUUUUGCAGGUGGUUAAUUUCCUCGUUGGCCUGCUCUUCUUAAGGUUGCUGGAAAAACUCGGCCCACAAGCUCUGUACUCGAUGUUUGCAUCCGCUUGCUUGAUUGCUGCAGUCUUUGUGAAGAAAAACGUGGUGGAAACGAAGGGAAAGUCUCUCCAGGAAAUCGAAAUAUCUUUACUACUUUCACCGUAA